GGCAUUUUUUCGAUGGUCGUUUCGAAAUCUCAAGUGAGUUCCUUUGUAGCUAAAUCAGAGAUCAUGUAGAUGACCUGGUCGUCACGCGUGCGUUCCGAGUAAGUCUUUGGUCGGUAAAGAAUUUUUGUGAGUGCGGAGAAAAGAUAAAUCGGGCGCGAGCAAGAACGUAAGUAUGUACCUUCUUCAGCUUCUCGACGCGGACUCCGGCACUGUGGUUUAUUCGCACCAGAAGGACGUGCCGCCCAAGUCCUUCGCUGAGUCGUCUCUGUACCAUGCGCUCUUCAACUCGACGAAGGGCGGACUCAAGGCUCUUCGUGGCGGACGAGACAGUUGUAGUGCUGGUACGGCGCUGGGACGACCAGAGGCGGCCGUGGCAGCCACGGCACCGGGAGGACUACAGGAGAACGGAUUUUUC